AUGGCGAGCCACAACGCCAGCUUUGACAUUGACUUUGCCUCGCUGGACAUGCCGCCGUCUCUUGAAUCGUACCUGCAUUGGGUGCUUGCGCCCGGUGCCGGAGACAUUAUUCCAUGGUUUCCGCGUGGCGGCGGCUUCACCAUCUUUGAUCGCGACCACUAUGUGCCGCUCGACGAUGUUUGGGACGAGGCCGAGCUGGCGGCAGACGUACCGGAUACUGUCCUACAAGGCUGUCGCGGGGAUGACGGCUCGAUGUACGCUGUCCCGGUUGUGGCCGAGAACCAGAUCUGCACGAUGCGGCGGUCGACCAUGACCGGGGCUGGCCUCGCGGCCACGCCUCCAGCAACGUGGGCAGAGCUGCUCUCUUUGUGUCACUCUCUGCUCGACCGCGGCAUGGCGUGCCUGGCGACAGAUAUGGAAGUAUUCCCGGCAUCGAUCAUGCUCGACUACCUCCUGGUCCGCAUGCACGGCCUCGAGUUUUACAACCAGUUUUCAAAUGGCCAUGUCUCGUUCAUCGACUCGCGCAUCCUCGCAUCCCUUGACGAGUACUCUGUCCUUCUCGAGCGCGGCUACUUUAUGCCAAAGCCGGGCUCAAAUCGCACGCUCAUGGCCAGUUAUCUGGACUUUGUCUCGGGCGACGUGGCCAUCAUGUGUGGCAUCGAAACUGCGGUGAGCUUUGUCAUCGAGUCCGGCGUGCGCGAGGACGACCUGGUAGUGUUUGCCUUUCCUGCCUACGACGGUGUGCUGGCCAGCCUCGCGGAGUCGGACAUGAGCCUUCUUGCCUUUCUGGGCACCCUUGCCAUCCCCAAAGGAUCGCUCUACGUCGAAGAGGCGAAGGAGCUGAUGCGUUACGCGGCGUCGCCGGCCGCAACCAACGCCUCACUACCGGCCAUGACGUCUGGCUUUCCUGUCCGGUACUCGACGGCGGCGCUAAUCCCGCACGAGCGCGGCCGGAUCGGCUUUGAGCUCCUUGCCGCCGGCCAGGGCCGGGCGCCUCAGCCGUCGCGAUCAGUUUUUCAGGAGGUCGAGCUCACACGGGCGUGGAAUGCCUUUCUUCAUCACUUUAAUAGGGCAACAUCGGAUGAAGAGCGGGCGAGCUAUCGGACCGAACUCCUUGCGCUAGCCGAGGCCUCCCGUGUCGCGCUUGUGCUCGGCAAGACGGCCGUGCCGAUUGCCAACCCGCCCGCUGGUGUCUACACCACGGCGAUAGUACUCGAGCUCAAGUCGCUAACGCCCGACGCGUCCAUCUUCUACACACUCGAUGGUACUGCUCCACAUCUCGGCUCAAUCACCUAUGACGCACCUAUUGCUCUCGAGAGCGACGGCCGGACGGAAGUCCGUGCCUUUGCGGUUGCCUUUGGUCUCCAUGCCUCGGAUGAGCUGCGCACUGUCAUUGUCAUCGAGCACGCCCGGUCGGCACAGACCAAUUCCUCACCUUCGACCGGAGUCUCUUCUGCCCUCAUCGCCACCAUCUGCGUAGCUACCGCCUUUGUUCUUGCAGUGGCGAUCAUCGUGACCGGUGUCUAUGUCCGCAAGCGCAAGAUUCAUGUCUACGCUGUCGGCUCGUCGUCGCAGCUGAUCAUCCCAGCUGGCGCCGUGACGAUGGGCGAGGAGAUUGGCGCCGGAGCCUUUGGCACCGUGUACGAGGCCGAAUGGCGAGCCAUGAAUGUUGCAGUCAAGCGGCCGAGCUCGGUCAUCACAUCCAACGAUGUACAGGCCUUUGCCGAAGAGGCUGACAUUCUCCUCCGCUUGCGGCACCCGAACAUUGUCAUCUUUAUGGGUAUUGUGCUCAAGCCGCCCGGCAUUGUCACUGAGUUUAUGAGCCGCGGCUCGAUGUAUGCCGUCCUGCACACCUCUGCGCUCUCGCUCGACCCGUCGAUCAUCCUCAAGUGGUCGCACAAUGUGGCGCAGGGACUGGCGUAUCUGGCCGAAGCUGAUGUGGUCCAUGGUGAUUUCAAGUCGCUCAACGUCCUAUUUGAUGUCAACUGGGUGCCCAAGAUCUGCGACUUUGGCAUGUCUGCGCUGCGACCCAAGCUUGUUGCCAUUGCUGGUGUCAGUGGUGCGGACUCCCCAACGCACUCUCAAGACAUCUCAUCAUCUCUCGGCUCGCUUGUCCGCGGUAUGCACAAGUCGGAAAUGACGGCCGCCUCGCGAGCACCGUCGAGCGGCACUCGCGGUGGAGAGUCUGACCCGUUCGUGGCAGUCUCGAUGGCCAAGAUCGGUACGCUCUACUGGGCGGCGCCAGAGAUUCUGAAAAGUGGCGCGUGUGCCCUCGGACCGCCCUGCGACGCAUACUCGCUCGGAAUCACUCUCUGGGAGUUGGCUACCCGCAAGGAUCUGUAUGCGAGCGAGAAUCCCCUCGCAGUUGCGCUUGACGUCAUCGAUGGACGGCGACCCGACUUGUCCCACGUUCCGCCGGGCCUCAUCGGCAUGUCUGCCGUCAUGCAAUCGCUGUGGCGAUCUGCGCCGGACCAGCGGAUCCGGCCGCGUGAUGCCGCAUCCAUGAUCGGCAAGCUCUACUCGCCCGAACACAUUGUGUAUCCGCGGAGCGACAGCUCGGGCGAACACACCAUCUUUGUUCACUGCGAGCUGCGUGACGCCAUGGCUCGCUUCUGCCACGGCGAGAACAACGCCCGCAUCGGCUCGCUCGCUGGCAAAGUUGACGGCGAGGUUCGAGAGUGGGGCUUUGGCUGGGUCAACAUUGGUGUAGCGGGCCCGGCCAACUUUGUCGAGCUCACCUCGCACAUCACCGUGCUCGAGGGCGGGACCGGUCCUAUCACCGUUCUCGCCGUCUACUCCAUUUUUGAGCUGCACACGCUGUGGGAGCAUGUCUUUGGCCUCAUCGGCGCAUCGUCUAUCAGCCGCAACCGUGCCGAGAUGGAGCGCAGUUUCCAGAGCCGGCUUUCCCGAACCUGGGAUGCUGCCACUCCAGGCGGCGUUUUCGUUGCACCAGGCCUCGCCGUUGAGCUCGAGGCGUCCACUACAGCACACAUCGAAGCUGUUCCCGGCUUGGACGGCGAGUCGAAAGCGCCACCGCGCGUUUUCCAAUUCAUUCGCCCGCACGACGUCGCCUUGCGCCACGAGCCAGCCACGGCUCACUUGCGCAAGCCAGCCGAGCUGGCGGAGGCCGCUCUUCUCAAUGCUGUCGAGAACAAUAGCCCACGAUCCAGCCGCGCAGAGCCGGCGCCCGCCGGAUCAGGCAUUGAGCUCCUCACCGCCGACGAUAUGAGCAACCUGAUGGCGCAGCUCGGACCGACCCACGUUGGGAGUGUGGCCAAGUCACACAUCGCCGACUGUGCAGUCGACUCUGUCCACGGCGUCGCGGCGAUGGGCAACGCACGGCGGGUCCGAGUCAAGGUUCUCCUUCGGCAGGACAUGGCGUUGGCGUCUCAACUCGUCAACUUUGGUCUCGCUUGCGUUUCCAGCUGGAAAUGCUCUCGCGAGACACCGCAUCUGGUCGGGCCUCUCGCCAUCUGCCUCCAGACGCCGCACGUCGGCUUUGUCCUCCCGCAGUUCAGCGACGGCAGCGUCCGUGACGUCAUGUCGCCGCAGCUGUCGACAAUCGAAGUCCGAUCGCUAGCGGAGGGAAUGGCGCUGGCAGCAGCUGAGCUGCACGCCAUCGUCGAACACGGCCAUGGCGCGCUGCGUCCGUCCAACUUUCUGGUCACCAAGCGGCCUGACAGCUCGGAGUCGCCUUUGGUCGCCACCGGAUGGGAUGUUGCGCUUGUCGACUACGGCUUUGAAUCGCUGCAAUCCGCCGUCGGCACCCUGACCGCCGUACCGGAUGCCUACUACAUGUCGCCCGAGGACAUGGCCGGUGUCAUACUCUCCCGUGCAGGCGAUGUCUUUGUCCUUGGCUCGAUCCUCUUUGAGCUUUUCGCCGCUCGGCCAGCCUUUAUCGGCCCAUCCCCUCUCAAGGUCUCUUACGACAUCCGCACCGGCUUUCGGCCAGACGUCUCGGCCUUUGAUGUCCCCUCCACCGCCGUCCGUCAUAUCAUUGAGCAAUGCUGGUCAACCAACGCUGUCGCCAGACCCACUGCAGCCGAGGUCUACUCGCUCUUAUCGACACUCUCGCUCUCAGACUUUGCCAUCUCGGCUGGUACCACCUCGCUGCGCUACGGCUCGAACGGCAACGGCAGAUAA